AUUUUUUAUCAGUCAGAGCGGUUAACAAACAGACGAGACGUGACGGAUUUGGCGCAACUACGAAAUGCUAACGUGUAAAAAUAUAUAUAAGUAAAAAAAAAAGUUAAACAAUGGAAGGAGUGGAGCAGCGGGGGCCUCUCUGAGUCUGCAGGAGGGGCUGGGUCUACUGGUGACCCACACUGUUAACCUGUUGACAGUUCCUGACAGCGGGGCAGGAUCCAGACUGCUUCCCUUUUCCACCAGGUAAACAUUUGCUCCGCAUCAGUGAUCCACAGGUGAACCGGAUAUUUUGAACCCGGGUUUCUGCGGGGAAAGCCUCGCUGACCGAAGAAACCGAGCGCUUCCACUGACCAACUGUUGGAGCUUGAGGGAGUGCCAGAGCUCGUUGGACCAUGAACCGAUACACCAUGCUCAAGCAGCUCGGGGACGGCACGUAUGGCAGCGUGCUGCUGGGCAGGAGCAAUGGUACCGGGGAACUGGUGGCCAUCAAGAGGAUGAAGAAGAAGUUUUAUUCUUGGGAUGAGUGCUUGAAUCUCAGAGAGGUUAAGUCACUGAAGAAGCUGAAUCAUGCCAAUGUGGUGAAACUGAAGGAAGUGAUCAGGGAAAAUGACCACCUCUACUUUGUCUUUGAGUACAUGAGAGAAAACCUCUAUCAGUUCAUGAAUGAAAGAGAAGAAAGGAUGUUUUCUGAAAAUGAGAUAAGGAACAUUCUGUUCCAGGUUUUAUCUGGGUUAGCAUUUGUGCAUAAGCACGGGUAUUUCCAUCGGGACUUAAAACCAGAGAACCUGCUCUGCAUGGGCCCGGAGCUCGUCAAGAUUGCAGAUUUUGGACUAGCAAGAGAAAUCCGCUCACAGCCGCCUUACACAGAUUAUGUGUCCACAAGAUGGUACAGAGCCCCAGAGGUUUUGCUGAAGUCCAGCUCCUACAGCUCCCCCAUCGACAUUUGGGCUGUGGGCUGCAUCAUGUUUGAGCUGUACACACUGAGGCCUCUUUUCCCAGGAAACAGCGAGGUGGACGAGAUAUUCAAGAUCUGCCAGGUGCUGGGAACGCUGAAGAAGUCGGACUGGCCAGAAGGCGUCAACCUGGCCUCCUCCAUGAACUUCCGCUUCCCAAAGUGUCUCCCCACCAGCUUCAAAUGCCUGAUUCCCAACGCCAGCGGAGAGGCGAUCGCACUGAUGACCGCGUUACUGCAGUGGGACCCUGAGAAAAGGCCGAGUGCUGCUCAGGCUCUGAGGCAUCCGUUCUUUCAUGUCGGUCAAAUCUUUGGGGCCCCUCUGAAGCACAGGCCUCCAGAAAACGUGUCUGAAGCGGCUGCAGAACCAAAGCCUCUGUCCCUCUGCAAGACGGACCAGGACUCCUCCAAGCUCAGCAAAACCCAAGCGGAGCAACAAAGCUACAGCCAGCGUCUCCGUCCGCCUCCCAAACCGAUCCCGGUUCCUCAGGAAAACAGGAGGAGACUAACAGAGGAACAGCAGGAGCCCCUCAGUCUGGUGACAAACGUGCAGCCAAGCGUGCAAGCUGUAGGAUCCACUGAGGGAGCGGUCGCCGCAGGAAUCGAGACCAGUGCAUGUGGGGCUCGGGCAGGACGGCGACGAUGGGGUCAGACCUCUUUCCAGUCGGUCAGCGGGGAUGAUGGAGAUGCUGGAGGCUCCAUCUCCAAAAAACCCACCAUCACCUCGCUGAGGAGCAGGAAUAAACCCAUCGAUCUAUUUUCAGGGUCAAAGAGCAACGUAGGAGUAAAUCUACAGAGCAGCACGAGGCUGAACAGAGCGCACCCGGCUAAGUCUGCCAAGCAACACUACCUCUGCCAGUCCAGAUACAUGCCAGGUGUAAAUCCAAGAAGUUUCUAUUCUUCUGUGGGAGGUCAAGCUGCAGGCAGGAAGCAGAACUGCUCCAUCUUAACAAGAAGACAAGACGCACACUUUCAUCUGGCUAAAGAUUUUUUCCCGACCAGCCCCAAGUCGUUUGUUUCACCAUCGCAUCAAACAGUGGUGGAUCUGUCAUCCGCUGCCGAUCUGAGGACGGACUAUAAAAUCAAAACCUCUAAAAGCAGGCCGCAUCUAAACCAGGCGCCACCUUCUAAUGAAGAGUUGGGGGGAUGGAGGAGUAGGUCUCUGCAUCCUCAGAUACCGGCGCCCAGCGGCACAGGAACGCCGGGCCUCUCCAGGAACACAAGCCUUCAGCCGGUGCACGGACGAGUGGACUGGACCGCCAAAUAUGGAGGCAACCGAUAGCCCAGCAGCGAGCGGCGCCCACACAGAGACCUUGUGGUUGAGCUUUUUUUUUUUAAUUUUCUACCAAUUUGUAGCUAUGCAGUUAUGGUAGAACGUAAGUCCUCCCUCUUUCAGUUCUGGAGUUAUUUUUGGAGAAAUUAUCUUGAUCAGGUUAUAUGAAAAAAAAAAAAACACAGUCAUUAAAAGCAAAUGAAAAUUAACAAACCUAAUGUGUGAGAAAGUAAGUAAAUUCCAUGUUUCGUUAACAUUUUCUUUUCCAGUUUGACUAAUAGUUUCUAAUGGUUAUGGAAAACUUGUGUCCCACUCUUUUACACAGGCGUUUUACACAUUUAACCCUUGAAGGCCAAAGUAUUUAUGUACAAGUAAAGCUCCAAAAAUUAGAAUAUAAAUCUACUGUCUAUUUUUUUUUUCUUUAGUGACUCGGUUCAGAAACUGAAACUCAUAUUAUACUGAUUCAUUACACACAGAUUAAACUAUAUAAAGCCGAUAUUUCUGGUAAAUUUUGAUGACAAUUGGUCACAGAUAAUUAAAACACCAAAUUUAGUGUCUCGGAAAAUCAGACCAUUACAUCAGAUCCAAAAGAAAAAGAUAUUUUAAGCAGGAAUGUGAGACUUUGUAUUUGUGAUUCUAUGCACCCACACUGCAA